AGAGAGGGAGAGGGAUGUUGUGGUACGUCGCCGCUGGUUUUGGGUGGAACGAGUGGCGUGGGAUUCUGGAUUGAUUUGGUGGGGAUUUGCUGCUCUUUAUUCUCUUCGCUUCCUUUUUCUCGUGUGAGUGGAGAUACUACAUACGGUGACCCAGCGGCGACCUCCUCCCUCUUCUUCUUCCCCAGCCUUCACUCUUCUUAUUCUUCUUCUUCGCUAUGUCGUCGUACGCUUCGGGCAGGGGAGAGCAGGAGAUACACGUAUUGGCGGUGGACGACAGCUCCGUCGACCGAGCGUUGAUCGCUAAGAUCCUUCGCAGCUCCAAGUACAGAGUGACCACGGUAGACAGUGGGAAGAGAGCAUUGGAGCUGUUAACACUGGAGCCGAACAUUAGCAUGAUAAUUACGGACUAUUGGAUGCCUGAGAUGACAGGAUAUGAGCUUCUCAAGAGUGUCAAGGAGUCCUCCAAACUGAGGGAGAUCCCCGUGGUCGUGAUGUCGUCGGAGAACGUCCCCAACAGGAUCAACAGGUGUUUGGAGGAAGGAGCUGUAGAUUUCCUGCUCAAGCCCGUUCGGCCGUCCGAUGUGUCCCGGUUAUGCAGCCGGAUGCGAUAGCAGCCGCCUGUUCACUGACGGAACCCAUGUAGGAUGGAUGCCUGGUUUCACGUUUUCUUCUCGUUCGCGUAAGAUGAGGAAGAAAUGUCUUGGGAAUAGGUAGAAGGGAUAAGCUGUGUUGCCUGCCAUGGUCAAACGGUGGUCCAUGGAGGAGCGAGAAAGAUGCGAGGAUGGACAGGGAGCAAGUGGUGCGGCAGGAUUUGAUGAUCACAUCAAAGUAGAUCUUCCGUAGAGGAGCAGCUCUCCAGAUUGGACGAUCACAAGAGUUCCCUCGGUACGGCCAAGGCUUGACCUUUACCUGCGAAGCUCACUCUGAUAACAGACGCAUAUGUAUAUUCGAAACCAAUUUAAUAAGGGGAAUCGUAAAUAUAGCAUGCCGUGGUGUAUAUGGAAUAUAUGAUAGAUACGAGACAUAUAUAUACAUAUAUAUAUACGUUUCUGUACCUAUUUUUGGCGGCAUCACCUGGCUGUCAUGGGGCCCACAAGAGCCCCAUUCUGCUUCCGGCGAGGAUACUGGUAAACUACCGGGGAAAAGUGGUAGCAGUUGAGAUCAGUGGGGGGAAACGUACAUGGAAGCUUUGCUCGGACUGCGUUCUGCGACUUCAGGGGAUAGCUUCUUCUCCUGCACUUGAUGUCUUGUUCUUCUUCUUCGUGGCCCGCCGUGGGUUGGGUUCGGCAUCAGAGCCGGACUCCAACUUUGAAGCUGGGAGAACUGCAAACCCUCAUUA